GUCUGGGUCCACCCAGGUCCACGGCUCAAUCAUUGUUGGAGGUUGACCUCCUGGACCAGUUGAACAAACACACCCAGAGACCAGCCCCCCUUUAGACCUAUAGUCCGGCCCCCUUCAGACCUUGGUCCGGCCCCCUUCACUCAUAGGGGGUCUGUUGGAUCUCAUUCAUCCUCAGUGGACGUUCAGGUUCAGGUAGAAGAAUGGAACCAGUACCCAGAACCUGCUGACCCAAGACCUUGAUCUGGACCAGAACCUGCUUACCCAGGACCCUGAUCUGGACCAGAACCUGCUGACCCAGGAGCCUGAUCUGGUCCAGAAUCCCUUCAGUGAGAACAAGGAAAAGGCGAAGGAAGAAAGGACGAACAGAGGACGACGACGUCAGAAUGUCAACAGCCUGCCAGGCCUUUGUCACCAUGGCAACCACCGACGCCUACUGCAUGGGCGCCACAGCAGUCGCCCGCAGUCUGCGGCGCUACGGGACCAGUCGCAGCAUUGUUGUCAUGGUUACACCCAACGUCUCCGAGGAGUCCAGACGGUCUCUGUGGGCGGUCUUUGACCAGGUGGUCCUGGUGGACCUGCUGGACAGCUCAGACCACCUGCAUCUGUCCUGGCUCCGACGUCCUGAACUGGGACCCACAUUCACCAAGAUCCACUGUUGGACCCUGACCCACUUCAGCAAGUGUGUGUUCCUGGACGCAGACACCCUGGUGCUGUGUAACGUGGAUGAGCUGUUCGACAGGGAGGAGCUGUCUGCGGCUCCAGACCCCGGCUGGCCCGACUGCUUCAACUCCGGCGUGUUGGUGUUACGUCCGUCCAAGAACACGCACCGACUCCUGCUGGAACACGCCGUCCGCCACGGCAGCUUCGACGGUGCAGACCAGGGUCUGUUAAACUCCUUCUUCAGUGACUGGUCUGUUCAAACCCUGAACAAACACCUGCCGUUCAUCUACAACCUCAGCGUCAGCUCCGUCUACACCUACGCCCCCGCCUUCAAACAGUUUGGACACAAUGCCAAGAUCGUCCACUUCCUGGGAGGGGCCAAGCCCUGGAGCAGGGACGGCUCCACCCCCAUGGGACAGUUUGAGUCCCUGUGGUGGAAGGAGUACCUGGGUCACAGCUCUGAUCCACCAGCAGGACCACCAGGACCAGCACCAGUGAACCAGUCCAGCUGGGACCACAAGGAACCAGAGCAGAAUCAAACCAGUGACACAGAGACGCCAUUUGGACACCGUUUGGACUCGUCCAACUCACUGCUAGCACACUUUGACCCCACCCACAGGGCAGGGUCUGAUGACACACCCUUAGGGGAGGAGUCAGAGAAGAGUGACGAUGACAUCACAGGAAGCAGGGAUGAGAGCGGUGCACACCUGGAGGAGGAGCAGGGGGAGGAGCAAGAGGAGCAGGAGGAGCAGGAGGCGGACCAGGGGGAGGCGGACCAGGGGGAGGCGGCCCAGCGGCGGCGACGCUGGGAGGCAGGGCAUGCCGACUACCUGGGCAGAGACGCCUUCAGCAACAUCCAGAAGAUGCUGGACCGAUUCCUAUAA